CUCAUCAGAGAAGACUCUGCAUGGUAGAUGAUGGAGGGAGCUGAAGUUGACCUGGGAGAUUACAUGGAGGUCGUCACGACCUACCAUUGUAAAUUCUGUAUCCACACCUGUCAAACGGUGAAAGAUAUGGCUCUCCACGUCCAACAGGACCAUCUCUCCUCAGCAACCUCUGCAGCCAAAGAUCCCCCACAGUCUACUCAGGCAAAUACAGAGAAUUCAGAUACAGGAACACCAGACGCCCUCAGCGAUGGGACAGUGGCAAAUGUCAUGGUGAUUUCCCAAGAUGCCCAGCUUGAACCCCAGGAAAAAGCUCCCACUACUCAAAUUCUGAAUGAAAUCAAGGCAGAAAAUAUAGAAACCGGGCUAGACAUCACUGAAACUGAUCAGCAAAAUACUGAGAUCCUAAAUAAUAAUGAAAAUCCUGCAGAAGAAGAGGACUUUGUUAACGAAACAAGUAAUAAACUAACGUUUGACAUAGACGGCAAGAUUGUGGAACUAUCUCUAGAAAAUGGCAACAUUGAAAAUAUGGCUCAGUCGGUUGUCAUGAAGAACAAUGUUGAGGGACUGGAAGUAUUGGAUUCAACGGAAAACUUUAUUGCUGUUGAAACGGGGACAUCCACAACAGGCACAGAGCCCAUCACAAAAGAAUUGUUUCUAUGUGGCCAGUGUAACACUGGAUUCACCAGUAUGGAACAAUGUCAGGAUCAUAUGUAUAAAGAACAUAAUGUAACAGUGGAAGACGGAAAAGUGAGCGUGGGAACGCAAGUCGAGACCAGAUCACGGAGAAAGAAUCAAAAACGCGCCAAAAAUGAAUCUGAGGAGGUGAAAGCCACGGAUUUGAAUGACUCUGAUGUGGAAUGGACCAUUGAGUCAGAGACGCAAUACAUCAGUAAGGGCAGUCGUACACGUAGUAAAAUCUGCCCUCCCAAGGCACUAAAGAAUGACUACUACCUCGGGAAGACAAGAUCGAGUGAUUCUAAUAAAACUGAACACAAGCCCAGACAACCCAAAAGUGCCCUGAGUUACCAAAACAAAUGUGGAAAACCAGGGUGUAAUGCCAGGUUUCUGACCAAAGCAGCAUUAGAAAUUCAUCUGAAGUGUCACACAGACAAGCCAGAGGUUUUCAUGUGUCCUGAGUGCCAGCAGGAACAGAACCGAUGGCGUCUGGUACGCCUGCACUUGUGGAAGGCCCAUCAGAUAGACACAGACUUGUUGAAGUGUGAUCAAUGCGAUUAUAAAAUCGAUACGGCCAGCCGACUGAAGGUCCACCAGGAAAUACACAGUAAAGAGAAGCCAUACACGUGUGACACGUGUGGAAAACACUUUCGACAGCAAGCGCAGAUGAGAAACCAUCAGAUGGUGCACAGUGACAACAAAAAUAGUGACAAAUGGUAUGGUGAGCAAGAAUGUGAGAUCUGUAGUCGCAAAUUUGUGAGCAAGAAAUGUCUACAGGUCCACCUUCAGGUGGUGCAUGGGAACCACAAGCCCUUCUCCUGUACGGUGUGUGAGUACACCACAGCCAGAAAGGCUCAGCUGGAACUCCACAUGCGGACUCACACUCAGGAAAAACCAUUCAAAUGUGACGUCUGCAACUAUGCCUCCAUAGAUCACAACUCUCUGAGGCGCCACAAGAUGCGUCACAGUGGACAGAAGCCCUACAAGUGUCCCCACUGUCCUUACUCCUGUAUACAGGCCAUCUGCUUCAAAACUCACAUGAAGAACAAACAUUUCGGUGCUCAUGGAAUCUUCUGCUGUGAGUUUUGUACCUACAAGUCAGUCAAUGAACAGAAGUACUUGGACCAUGUGCGUGAUCAUAAAAAUGGACUCAUUCCAACUACCUCAGUGAAAAAGAAACCUGAAAACAUUACAUUUGCUCCAAGAAUUCAGAAUAUCAGUCAGUCUGUUCCACAUAUAGAGAUUGUCAAUGCUGGUGAGCAGGCUCCAGUUUUUGUUGGGGGCAAUGUGGAAAAUCCGGGUAAUCAAAUCCAGAUGCAUGUGGAGAUGUCGGAAUCCGGGGAGCGAAGCAUUCGAGAGGAGGACCUUCAGCGGCUGAUGAGAGAAGGACUGGUCACUCAAGAUAUCACACAGCUUAUCUCUUGUGCCAUGAAUGCCAUUUCUCAGGAAACCUCCAUCCAAGGGGGUGAAAGUCACAUGUCUCCCGUUCCAAAUUCUGGACAAGUUACUACUCACAUGAUCACCUUUCACCUCCCUCCUCCUCCUUCUAACAGUAACACAGUACAGCUGCAGGAUCAGAAUAUAGUCACGGUGGAUCCGUUAACUUCUAAAAAAGAUGAAAAGAAGGAGUCAACAGCACCUGCUGUAUAUUUCACAGAAAAUCAAGGAGUGCUCCUAAACACCAGUGAUAUUCAACUACAACAAGAGGGGGAUCCAGGUUCUGUUCUGUUAAACAUUCAGAGUUCAGGUGUACCAGCUAAUCUGAUCCAGAUUGCUGCUAAUGAAGCAGAGGUUACCCAGAGUGCGACCAUUCAGGACUUGGCUCAAAUCAGCUGUCUUGUGAAGGACUCUGUGUAUACUACAACAACUUACAGUAAUAUAGAAGGAUAGUUAUACAUGUAUACAUAUACAUGUAUUUUAUAGGGGUACAUACCAGGUGUAUGUGUUA